AUGAAGCACCGGACGCUUUUGCUGUUGGUUGCAGCUGUCGCCUUGAAGGACUUGUCUUGGAGCUUUACAGGUGCCACAGCAUGGUCGACGCAGAGGGCGUUUCAUGGAAAGCGCCGUGCCGCAGAUGACGACCGGCUGCCGGAGGCGCCGCCGGGAGGCCGGGUCAUCCACGUCGAGUAUUGCAAUGACUGCAAGUUCCUUCCGCGCUAUCUCAAACUGAGGAAGGCCAUGGCUGAGCGCUUUGGUGAGCGAGUCCUUUGCUUCGGCAACCACGAGGAGACCUUGCAGGAGCUCUGCAAGAAGUCGAAGCCGCGUCCUGCCUCCUUUGAAGUCGUGGACAUGCAGUCGAAGAAGUGCCUCUACACAAAGCUGGGCAGCGGGCUCCACGUCACCGAGAGGCAAGAGUGGAUGGACCAGCUCUUCGAUGAGAUUGAAGCGCUUUGUCAGGACGGCUAG